GAGAUUCACGAUGACGUCAGCAGCACCCGGAAGCCCAGUCAAAGCGAGAGCUCGGCGCCUCUUCCUGCUGUCGGCUCUGACGCGUGUUGAGUGUGUGGAGUGGGAAAUCCUGGACAAAACACGGGUGAAAUUCAGAGGAAGGGCUUUUCAAAAGGCUUUGCAGACAUGAACGGUGAAAACUUCACCCUGAGUGAGAAGCUGGUCUCGCCGUCCUACGUCAGACAGGCGUCGCAGGCCCGCCGCAGCCACGAGCUGCUCAUCAGACAGCUGCUGGAGCAGGGCAAAUGUCCAGAGGAGGGCUGGAGCGAGAGCACCAUCGAGCUCUUCCUGAACGAGCUGGCUGUGAUGGACAGCAAUAACUUCCUGGGAAACUGCGGCGUCGGAGAGAGGGAGGGCCGCGUGGCAUCCAGCCUUGUGGCUAGAAGACAUUACAGGUUGAUUCAUGGCAUAGGUCGCUCAGGUGACAUCGCUGCUGUUCAGCCCAAAGCAGCAGGAUCCAGCCUGCUUAACAAGCUGACUAACUCAGUUGUGUUGGACAUUUUAAAACUCUCAGGGGUGCGGAGUGUGGCCAGCUGCUUUGUAGUUCCCAUGGCAACAGGAAUGAGCUUGACUCUGUGCUUCCUGACCCUUCGUCACCGGCGGCCCCAGGCUCGCUUCAUCAUUUGGCCCCGCAUCGACCAGAAGUCCUGUUUCAAAGCCAUGAUCACUGCAGGCUUUGAACCCGUGGUGGUGGAGAACGUUCUGGAGGGUGACGAGCUGCGGACAGACCUGGAGGCAGUUGAGCGCAAGAUUGAGGAGCUUGGAGCGGAGAACAUCCUGUGUGUUCACUCAACUACAUCGUGCUUUGCCCCACGUGUCCCGGACAGGCUGGAGGAGCUGGCCACCGUGUGUGCCAAAUAUAACAUCCCCCACAUUGUUAACAACGCCUAUGGAGUCCAGUCUUCCAAGUGCAUGCACCUCAUACAGCAGGGAGCUCGUGUUGGAAGAAUCGAUGCGUUCGUGCAGAGCUUGGACAAGAACUUCAUGGUUCCAGUAGGUGGUGCCAUAAUAGCUGGUUUUGAUGAAUCCUUCAUACAGGAGAUAAGCAAAAUGUACCCAGGUCGAGCAUCAGCAUCACCCUCCCUUGAUGUUCUCAUUACCCUUCUCACCCUGGGAGCCAGUGGCUAUAAGAAACUCCUGUCAGAAAGAAAGGAGAUUUAUUCGUACCUGGCUCAGGAGCUGAAGAGCCUGGCAUCGGCACAUGGGGAGAAACUGCUUCACACCCCUCAUAACCCCAUUUCACUGGCCAUGUCUCUGGACGGUCUCCAGGCCGAGAGUGACAAGGCAGUGACUCAGCUGGGCUCCAUGUUGUUCACUCGGCAAGUGUCGGGAGCCAGGGUAAUACCUCUGGGCAAGGAGCAAACCAUAAGCGGGCACACAUUCCGCGGCUUUAUGUCCCAUUCGGAGGCGUACCCAUGCCCCUACCUCAACGCUGCCUCAGCAGUGGGCAUCACUCGAGAAGAUGUGACACAGUGCAUCAGGAGGCUUGACAAGUGCCUGAAGACGCUGAGGAAGGAGUGCAACGCGGCGAGAAGCAGUUCACCUUUGCCCCAGUCUUGCCAGGAGGACUCCACUGGAGAAUGAGUGAGCGACAAAAACAAAAAUAAUCUCAACAGGGGACGACAGCCACGAUUGCGCUGCUCACAUGCUUUAUAAAAAAGACACAUAGAAUUUGAGAUACUACCCAUACUGGAAUUCAAGGAUGCGCAGGUGCAGGUCACAUCGUUCAGCAACGACAGUAGAGAAAGCGAUACCUAUUUUGUUUCAAACUCUAACCUCUGGAGCCUGCAGGAGCCUGCCGACCUAGGGCUGGCAGCGUGUGACGCAUGGCACUUUUUAAUGGAUGUUUUCUGGUUUGUCAUUCCACACCUUUUCAUAUGAAAAUGCUGAGAUGUUCAUGAGAUAGCUUUUCACAUCCACAGCCAGGGAUUAAACUGCUAUUUGAAACGUCCUAAUUUCACUGAUUAAUGACCCCUGUCUGGUUGAAGAAGGGCUUAUCGGUGAAAUCAGUGGGUGUUGUGUUUGCUUGGAAUGAAACUCUGCAUUCCAGUGGCUCUCAGGGACACACUGGAGUAGAGGACUGAUCUGAAGUUCGACUGAAGCCUCUUAAAAGACUUGUCAUUCAAUGUUCUGUAUGGAUUUGAUCAAGAUGAUGAGUUCUGUUAUUAAUUUGGGACUAACACUUGACUAUGGCCCCAUUAAUAAAGUAUCUCUAUAAUUGAA